GAGUGGCUGUUGAUCCGAGUACAAUUGAAGCUGUGCUGGAUUGGGAGAGACCCAAGAGUGUUACUGAGAUCCGAAGUUUUCUGGGUUUAGCAGGAUACUACAGGCGGUUUAUUAAUGGAUUCUCCAGAAUUGCCUUGCCAUUGACUAGGUUGACCCGAAAAGGGGUGCCAUUUGCAUGGACCCUUGGGUGUGAUGUGAGUUUUCAAGAAUUGAAAGAUAAGUUGACUACCACACCGGUUCUGAUUCUUAAUAUGGAGACACUUCUUGUAUGGUGCUACCUUCACAUGGCUGAUGCCUUGAGCAGAAAGACCACGGGUGUGGCUAGCAUGAUGAUUGCAGAGUAUGAUUUGAUUGAGGAGUUCAGGGAUUUGCGAAUUUCUGUGACACCAUUUGAGACUUCAUAUUUCAUGACUACGGUCGAAGUUCGAAAUUCGUUAAUGGAAAAAGUUAAAGCGGCCCAAGUGCUUGAUGAAGGGAUCCAAAUGAUGAAAGAGCAAGAUUUUGUGUUCACCGAUGCUUCUCAUGUGAAAUACUACAAAGAUCGGUUAAUUGUCCCGAAGGGACCAAUGGUAAAAAUUGAGCAUCAGAAGCCUUCUGGUUUGCUACAACCAUUAGAUAUUCCGGAGUGGAAGUGGAUGAGUAUAUCCAUGGAGUUUGUUGUUGGAUUACCAAGAAGCCAGGCUGGAUUUGAUUCCAUAUGGGUUGUGGUUGAUAGGUUGACUAAAUCCGCCCAUUUCAUUCCAGUCAAGACGACCUUUUCCACAGAGCAGCUAGCCAAACUAUAUGUUAGAGAGAUUGUGAAGCUUCAUGGCAUUCCCGAAAGCAUAGUUAGCGAUCGGGAUCCGAAAUAUAUAUCUGAUGAUUCACACAUUGUACAGUAUGAUGACAUAGAGGUUAAGAAGGACCUGAAGUUCGUUGUUGGACCUUCUAAGGUUCUUGCUCGAGAUGAGAAACAGCUUCGAAAUAGAGUUAUUCCCAUGAUCUAG